AUGGCGAUUCCAGAUCAUUGGUGUCAUGUACCAGGACGAGAAUUCACUAAUUACACAAUUGAUGAGUGGAGAUUUCUGACUAUACCAAACUACGACAAAAAAUCAAGCUCAUGCCAAAUGUAUAAUGACACUAAUCGAGAAAUAGUCGAACCACAGAUUCGCAAUAUUAUACCUUGUCAAUAUGGUUACGAGUAUGACAAGACCUGGUAUCUGUCAACAAUACCAUCAGAUCAUGAUUGGGUUUGUGAUAAACUGCUAUACUGUACAAAUGUAUUUGCAAUGAUCAGAGUCGGAGAAGUUAUUGGUACAUUUAUUUUUGGUCAGUUGGGGGACAGAAUUGGCCGGAGAAUCGUGUUCUAUAUGAGUUUAUUAGUUGCGAUAAGUGGACGAUUGUUAACAAUUUUUACCACAAACUGGUAUCCAGUUUUCGUUAGCGCCGUCGGCUUUGGAGCAUUUGCUACGCCGUCCAUUAUGCAAAGUACUCUUAUAAUAGGAAUGGAAACCACGAAAAGUGAUGAUAGAUCACAUAUUCAAAUGUCUCAAUGCAUCGGUUGGACCAGUGGAUUGAUAAUAUUACCUCUUUUGAUGUGGGCUACAAGAGAUUGGUUUAUCUUCGGGUUAAUAACUACGUUACCAGCUAUUGUUUUCCUAAUCCCAAACAAAUAUAUGAUCGAAUCGCCAAGAUGGCUUCUGAGCCGAUGCAAAUUUGAAAAAUGUGAAAAAAUGCUGAGAAGGAUUGCUGAUAUAAAUGGAAUGGCUUUGGAUAAAGAUGCGCUGCAAGAAAUGAAAGGAAUGUCAUUUACACCAGAGAAAGUUUAUGGGAUUCUAAGCUUAUUUUCCAGUUUUAGGCUUGCAUUAAGCACUAUUUUAAUAGUGAUAUGCUGGAUUGUCUGCGGUUUAUGCUACUUUGCGUUGAUGUUAAAUAUUACCAAUACCGAUGGUAAUCCAUUUUUGAAUUUUUUAUAUCAGUCUGCUGUGGAAUUGCCAGCGUAUUUAUUAGCACGACUGUCGUGUGAUAAAUUAGGAAGGCGAUUGACUGCCUCAUCUUCUUUUGCUCUCGGAAUGAUAGCCGCAACUGCACUAAUUUUCAUAGUAAAUGUGGUUUGUGUAUCUCAAAUAUCAUUAACAGAUGAAAAGUUGCAAGUACUUGAGACAAUAUUUCCAGUAGUGAUAAGAUUCUGCAUCAGUAUAAAUUUCUACGUAGUUUGUUUACAAUCGAUGGAAAUAUACCCGACUUGUAUAAGACAAACUGGUAUAUCUAUUGGAACUAUUGUAUCCAACGCUGUGGGUGUACUAGGGCCAUACAUAGUUUACUUGGGCACUUCAAUUGAUAAGCGAUAUCCAUAUGCAAUUUUAGCUGUGGUAUUAUUAUUAGCGGCUAUUUCUUCAAUGUUCUUACCCGAAACUUUAAAUGCAAAAUUGCCAGAAACUCUUGUUGAAGCUAAAGAAUUCGGCAAAAAUCAAAAGUUUUGGAGCUUGCCACAAAAAAACAAUAUAAGAAAUGAAUGUACAUCUGAUUUAUAA